UCUCUCCUGUGUUGUCUGAUCGAAGGAAAAACCAAAGGGGAAGAGAAAAGAAGGGAGAAACAAAAGCGACUGAUUCUUGAAACCAAAGGAAGCCCCUUUGAAAUCCUUGACCCACCAACACCCUUCCCCUCCGUCAAACUUCACCAUCGCCACCACCACCACCACCCCCACCCCCCAACCACCACCCUUUCCCACAACCCAACUCACACCCUUUUUCAUCAAGAGAGAGAGAGAGAGAGAGACGCACACGCACGCAUUCCAGUCCCGAGAUCAAGAGAGAGAGAGAGAGAGAGACCCACCUACAGUAUACCCCGCUACAAAGUCGAGAAGGGUCGAGAGAGCGACCACCUCCGGCAAUGAAGCUCUCCGCGUUGCCGCAGAGCUACAUGAACCGGCGGAACAACAGCUUCCGGGGCCCUUCAGCGCCCUCCGACUCCUCGCCGGACGGUGCCAUGAAGUCCCCGGCCGCCAUGUUCUGGCUGGUCCUCCACGGCCUCUGCUGCCUCAUCAGCCUCGUCCUUGGCUUCCGCUUCUCCCGCCUCGUCUUCUUCCUAGUCUUCUCCACCUCCUCCACCGCCCCCACCACCACUAACCUCUUCACCGCGUCGCCCCUCCGGCAGGCGGCAGAGAUCUCCGGGAAUCUGGAGGUUCGCUCCUCCCCGGUCGCCGCGGGCGGGGCUCUGCUCGUCAACAAGACGGUGCCGCGGGUGGUGGUCGGGAGGCAUGGGAUCCGGAUCCGGCCGUGGCCGCACCCCAACCCGGUCGAGGUCAUGAAGGCGCACGAGAUCAUAGAGCGGGUGCAGAGGGAGCAGCGAGCCCAGUCCGGAGUGAAGAACCCGAGGGCGGUCAUCGCCGUCACGCCGACCUACGUAAGGACCUUCCAGACGCUCCACAUGACCGGCGUGAUGCACUCGCUCAUGCUCGUGCCGUACGAUUUGGUUUGGAUUGUGGUGGAGGCCGGCGGGGCGAGCAACGAGACCGCGUCCAUCCUCGCCAAGUCCGGGCUGAGGACAAUCCACGUCGGGUUCGACCAGAGGAUGCCGAGCACCUGGGCGGAGCGGCACAAGUUGGAGGCGAAAAUGCGGCUUCACGCUUUGAGAAUUGUGCAAGAGGAGAAGCUGGAUGGAAUUGUGGUGUUUGCGGAUGAUAGCAAUAUGCACUGCAUGGAACUCUUCGAUGAGAUCCAGAAUGUGAAAUGGAUCGGCGCUCUUUCGAUAGGCAUUCUGGUUCACUCGAGCACAAUGACGGAUGAGUCCGAGUCGUCAACGAUUCAGCAAGUGGCGGAAGAGGAAAAUUGGCCGGUGCCUGUGCAGGGUCCGGCUUGUAACUCGUCUAAUAAGCUGGUCGGUUGGCACACCUUCAAUACACAGCCUUAUGAGGGGAAGGCUGCAAUUUACAUAGACGAUCGAGCUACGGUGUUGCCGAGGAAGUUGGAGUGGGCAGGAUUCGUACUGAACUCUAGGUUGGUUUGGAAGGAUACGGAGGAUAAACCAGAGUGGGUGAAUGAUCUAGAUUCGCUCGACGGGGUUGAUUAUGUCGAGAGUCCCCUGUCCCUGGUGAAAGACCCUUCUGUUGUGGAGCCGCUCGGAAGCUGUGGCCGCCAAGUCAUGCUCUGGUGGCUUCGCGUUGAAGCUCGUUCAGACAGCAGAUUUCCUCCUCGAUGGGUAAUUGACCCUCCUUUGGAGAUCACUGUCCCAUCAAAACGCACACCAUGGCCUGAUGCUCCUCCAGAGCUUCCGUCCACUGAAAAAGCAAUGAACAUCCGAGAUAACCAAGUGGUGAAGCGUCCAACAAAAACUCGAUCAUCCAGAUCAAAGCGGAGUUCUCGGAGUAAGAGAAAGCAUGAGGCGAGAAUAGCGGAGACAGAGAUCAGAGGAAAGCAUACUGAUCAAAAUUGAACCAUGCCAUGAAGGAGUUCAAUAUACAGAACAUCAACAACGUCCGAUCAUUGCAUGUAAAAAGUUUGAUUAUUCCUGGGUGCGCACAGAGAAGCAUCCGUUAAACGAAAGCAGAGUCGAUGAAGGGUGCCUAUUUUUUCAUUAUUUUCAUAUUUUUUUUUUCCUUUUGGGUGAAUCAAUAUUCGGUUUUGAGCUGUAAUUUGCUGUAACCCCGGCUGCCUGGGAAAUACUUUUGUUGACCUGCAGCAUCAAAUGCAAUACAUGGGCUCUAGAGAUAGGAAGUAUACAAUUGUUUUACCUUGUCGAAUUUUCAUAGAAACGACAGUUUUGUAAUAAGUUUUCCGCGAGAUUGUCCUUCAGAUGUCGAAAAGGCUACACGAGACUUCA